AUGGCCGUCGGAAAGAACAAGCGCCUCACCAAGGGCGGCAAAAAGGGCGGCAAGAAGAAGGCCGGCGACCCCUUCCUUCGAAAGGAAUGGUACGACAUCAAGGCUCCCAGCAUGUUCUCCGUGCGUCAGUGCGGCAAGACCCUGGUCAGCCGAACCCAGGGAACGAAGAUCGCCACCGAGGAGCUGAAGGGCCGCGUCCUGGAGGUGAACCUUGCAGACCUGAACAACGACGAGGAUCAGGCUUCCAAGAAGAUCCGCCUCUGCAUUGAGGAGGUGCAGGGACGUAGCUGCCUUACCGACUUCCAUGGAAUGACCUUGACCAGGGACAAGAUUUGCUCUCUGAUCAAGAAGUGGCAGACGCUCAUCGAAGCACAUGUGGAUGUGAAGACCACGGACAACUACGUGGUUCGCAUGUUCUGCAUUGCCUUCACGAAGCGCCGUCAGGAUCAGGUGAAGGCCAACUGCUAUGCCCAGUCUGCGCAGAUCCGCAAGAUCCGCAAGAAGAUGACCGAGAUCAUGACGCAGGAGGCCAGCAAGGUGCAGCUGCGUGAGUUGGUCAAGAAGCUGAUUCCAGAGUCCAUCGGCAAGGAGAUCGAAAAGCAGGCCCAGGGGAUCUUCCCCCUGAAGGACUGCCUCAUCCGCAAGGUGAAGAUUCUGAAGAAGCCAAAGUUCGACAUCACCAAGCUGAUGGAGCUGCACGGGGAUGGCGGCGACGACAUGGGUGUGGAGAUGGUCCGCCCGGAAGCGGAGGAUGCCGUGAACACCUUGACAGCUGAUGUUACAGCUGCUGCUGAUGACGACUAG